CUCCGCGGGGCGCAGACCGCGCGCCGGCGCCCGAUGCUCCCGAUGCUUCGCGAGCGCCGCCGCCGCCGGUGACCGCGCAGCCGCCCGAGCCGCCCGCCGCGUCCCUCCCGCCGCCGCCCGGCUCCGCGGACAUGGACGGCGCUGCCGCCGUCGGCCCGGGCCCCGACGCGGGGACGGGCACGGGGGCGGAGGCCGGCGCGACCGCAGCGCCCCCCGAGCCCCGGAAGCCGCAGGGCGUGAAGCGGCACCACCACAAGCACAACCUGAAGCACCGCUACGAGCUGCAGGAGACGCUGGGCAAGGGCACCUACGGCAAAGUCAAGCGGGCCACCGAGCGCUUCUCGGGCCGAGUGGUUGCUAUAAAAUCCAUUCGUAAGGACAAAAUUAAGGAUGAACAAGACAUGGUUCACAUCAGACGAGAGAUUGAGAUCAUGUCAUCCCUCAGCCACCCUCAUAUCAUCAGCAUUUAUGAAGUGUUUGAGAACACGGAUAAGAUCGUGAUCAUCAUGGAGUACGCCAGCAAGGGCGAGCUGUACGAUUACAUCAGCGAGCGGAGGCGCCUCAGUGAGAGGGAGACCAGGCACUUCUUCCGGCAGAUCGUCUCCGCCGUGCACUACUGCCACAAGAACGGCGUGGUCCACCGGGACUUGAAGCUGGAGAACAUCCUGCUCGAUGACAGCUGCAACAUUAAGAUUGCUGACUUCGGGCUUUCCAACCUGUACCAGAAGGACAAGUUCUUGCAGACAUUUUGUGGGAGUCCACUGUAUGCAUCCCCUGAAAUUGUCAAUGGAAGGCCUUACCGAGGGCCAGAGGUGGACAGCUGGGCGCUGGGCGUGUUGCUUUACACCCUUGUUUAUGGAACGAUGCCCUUCGACGGGUUUGAUCACAAAAACCUCAUCCGGCAGAUCAGCAGCGGAGAGUACCGGGAGCCCACGCAGCCCUCAGAUGCUCGAGGGCUCAUUCGGUGGAUGCUGAUGGUGAACCCCGAUCGGCGCGCCACCAUCGAGGACGUCGCCAACCACUGGUGGGUGAACUGGGGCUACAAGAGCAGCGUGUGCGACUGCGACACCCUUCGAGACUCCGAGUCCCCGCUCCUGGCGCGGAUCAUUGACUGGCACCACCGCUCCACGGGGCUGCAGGCGGAGGCAGAGGCCAAGGCCAGAGGCCUGGCCAGGCCCGGGGCCUCCGAGGUUGUGCUGGAGCGGCAGCGGUCGCUGAAGAAGUCCAAGAAGGAGAAUGAUUUCGCCCAGGCCGGCCAGGAUGCAGUGGCCGAGGCUGUGCCCAAGCUGAGUUCCAAGAGGCCCAAGAGCAUCCUGAAGAAGCGGAGCAACAGCGAGCAUCGCUCCCACAGUGCCGGCUUCAUCGAGGGCGUGGCGGGGCCCACCCUGCCCGCCACCUUCAAGCUAGAGCAGGAUUUGUGCCGGACAGCCGGGCCCCUGGCUGGCUCCCCCGAGGCUGCUGCACCUGGGACGCUCAGCCCCACGCAGUCAGCCACCAUGCCCAAGAAGGGCAUUCUGAAAAAGACUCAGCAGAGAGAAUCGGGCUACUACUCAUCCCCGGAGCGCAGCGAGUCCUCAGAGCUGCUGGACGCGGACGAUGGCCCGGGCAGUGGCCUCCCUCCUCCGAGCCCCCCGGCCCCGGCCCGGGUGGCCUCCCACAGCCUGUCCUGCCGGAGGAAAGGCAUCUUGAAGCACAGCAGCAAGUACUCAGCAGCUGCCAGCCCCGAAACGCCCACACUGGAAUCCCUGUCGGAGCCCGGCGGCACCCCCACCGCCGAGGGGCUGUCCCGGAGCUACAGUCGCCCCUCCAGUGUCAUCAGCGAUGACAGCGUCCUGUCCAGCGACUCCUUUGACCUGCUGGAUCUGCAGGAGAACCGGCCCAUCCGCCAGCGCAUCCGCAGCUGCGUUUCAGCCGAGAACUUCCUCCAGAUCCAGGACUUCGAGGGGCUCCACAGCCGGCCGCGUCCCCAGUACCUGAAGCGGUACCGGAACCGGCUGGUGGACAGCAGCUUCUCCCUCCUCACGGACAUGGACGAUGUGACUCAGGUGUACAAGAAGGCCCUGGAGAUCUGCAGCAAGCUGAACUAGCCCUGCGGGGUGCAGAGACGGCAGGCGGGUGGCAGACAGGGCAAAGGGAGGAGACUUGAGCUCAUAGCUGGUUUCUGCUUCCCUGGCCACCAGCAGGAGGAAGGAUGGGAUCGUCUGGCUUGGCUGAGUGUGUGGUUGGGGCCAGCCCUGAUGGGGGAGUGGUGCUGGUCAGAACUGGGGUCCUGAUUGGUAUCACCCCUGACACCCAGGAGAAUGGGGAGGCAGUGUUGGCCGUCACUUAGUGGGUGAGGCGUGUCCCUCCCCACUAAGGGGAGGUCAUCCACCAGCUUCCGAGGAGGGAAGGUGAGACCGGGCGGGAAGGUGAGACCCGGCCCUGUGUUUUGGGUGAGCCAUGAGCGCUUUCUCCUUUUCUCUCCCAGUUAGCAAGCUCGGUCCACCUGCAUGUGCUCACAAGACGAUUUCAGCACCAGAUUGCAUUGGUGAUCGAUUGCUCCUGGCUCCUGGGGUGCUGGCUGGGCCUGGCCCAUCAGAGAGUGCUGUGACCUAUUAGUAAUGGCUGCACGGGAAUGGAGCAGUGCGGCAGUAGUGCUCCUGCCACACCCUGGUCUUCCUUGACCUGGCUCAGCCUUGGGAAUCAGGCGGAGCAGCCUGUGGGAUCUGUGUUAACUCUUUGUGCCACUAGGGUGGCAUCUGAGCAGAAGACACAGUCUUGGUGGGAGAAAGUGUACUCUGCACUCUGCCGGGGAAGCUGAGGCAGCCCAGGCGGCUGUUGGCCGCUUGCUGCCUCCUGCUCCCUCUUUCCUGAUGUCUGCCUUGCUCCUUAGCACAGCCCCCGAGGGUGGGGAGGGGGCACAGGGCAGCGUUGGGGGCCAGGGCUGUUGCAUGUGAUAGUGUACAGGCCCCCGGUGGUCCCUGCAAGGAUGUCGCCCUGCACCAGCAAGGCCACACUCUCGUUACUGUUCCAGCAUUAGCUGAAAGCUGCCCCUUGGUCAGCACCUGGACCUGCUUGGAGUCGGAGUGUGGCACGGUGCCCAAUCUCCAGGGGGCCAGCGGGCUGGACCUUGGCCCUGUGCACUACAUCGAGCAGCUUCCCCAUCCCAGCUCGGGCACGCAGAGGUGGAUGAGUCUGCAGUGGCAGGGGAGGGUGGAGAAAAGGUGCUGGGCCGCAAGCUGAGGGUUCUAGGUCAUGGUUCAGGCUGGGGGAGAAUGAGGUUCCAUCUGUGUAAGCAAGCAGGUGUCAGAAGAGCCGGGGUGAGCAGGGCAGUAGAGAACAGAAGGACAUUUCCUUAGGAGCCCCCGCUGUGCCUUGACAGGAGCGGGUAGGCAGGACGACUCGCAGCAGGGCUCUGAGAGUGUUUGAACAAGGUGUACAAUUUCUCAACACCCCGAUGCGAGCUUCAGUGAGCGGGAGGGCGCUCUGGAGACAUUUCAGGGUGUGAUGGCCCCUUCCCUCAGGAGAUGUCCCUGUCCCCUCGCCACCAGCUCCGUCUUCCCGCUUCUGUAUUCCUUCAGCUAGAGCUGAGCAGUGUUGUCUGGGAGCUGCAUGGUUUCCUUCCAUGCAAUUCCACCUCCUUCCUGAGCUCCAAGAGGUAAAAGGGAACGAAGUCCACGGAGAUCAGAUUGCCUUGGGGCUGGAGAGGGUGCCCGUGGCCUCGGGAGCCUGCUGCUCCUGGCCUGGUCAUCCUCAGCCCUCCUGGCCCCGCCCUGGCUGCCCCUGUGACUUGGGGCUCACACCCCCCUCCCUGCGGAAGGCUUUCCCUGUUGCCUUCUGAUCUGCAGUGUCCGGACCUGCGCUGUUGAGGAAAGUUCCUCCUUUCUCCCUCUGGGAACGCCAGGACGUCCUCCUCCGUUACUCGGUUCUGUGAAGCCAGAUUCCGAGGGGAGCCCAGGUCCACCUUAGAGGCCGUGGGCCCGGGCCCUGCAGUGUUUGGGGGGCUGUUUUCUGUCGCUGGUCUCGGGCCCUGCUCCAUUGUGACUUCCUGCUGGCCUUGCUGUGUCGAUGGUGCUUUCCGGGAGAACCCUUUCCAGCAGCCCCUCUUCUUCCUUCCUAAACCCGUCAUCCCUGCCAGCCAACCCCCAGCCAAAGAGAUUAUGCUUGAAUCAUUUCCAUGGAAUUACACAUGAGAGACACUUUGACCGCCCGGUGGUGGUGGUGGACGGAGCAGGAGGUUCCGUGUGGGCUCACCGGGCCCUUUCCUGGCCUCCGGGCGCCUUUCAGCGCCUUAGUUUACACAUCUGCCGAAGGGGUAGAAUUCGCUUCUUUUUACAGGUAAAUGUCAAGGCACGAUCAGUUUUCAGGAAGUGCUUCAAGACCCCAGGCAACACGAAAAUGCUUAAGUACCCUCUGAGUUUCCACCCCUGCAACCAGGCGCUGGCUCCUGCCCAUGACGGUGACGAGCGGACCGCCACGCAGGGGGGAAACUCAGGCAAGUUCUGCCCAGGCCUGCUGUCUUGAGUAGAAAUGUGAAUGGUCGACUGCUUGUUGCCAAACUGGAAAUGUUCUGUAGGGAUUUACUGGCUUGGUAUCAUUCCUAGGGGGAAGAGAGGAAGAGAAACUUGACUGCACAUUUUUUUUUUUAAAUCCGUGUUGUGACUUUUAUUUAAUUUCUAUUUUUUUGUAAUAAAAAGUUGACUUUUUAAUUUGAAUUUGUCUUUUUUAUUUAUUGGUCUGAAAUGCAUUUCAAAGGUAUUAUAAUAAUAUAUUGGUGUAAUUUAAUUGGUGCAACAUGCUUUACGACUCCAGUCGGAAUUCAUUUGUGCUCAUUUGAUUGGUUUGCGAACAGCCUACAGGGAGGAAAAGCUGGACACCCACCCAAAGUGUUUGUGUUUUCAUUGGAAAAUGAUUUUUGUGGUUUCUGUUUGUAUUUUUAAAUUAAAUAAAUUGCAAUGAACGGAA